UGACAGAGAAGAACAACACAGACUCAUGAACCGCCUUUUCUGAACUAAUCAAUUAACCGACUCCAUCUGACUAAUCGUCCAGUUCUUGUCACAUCCCGCUCCUGGAUUAAAAGGUAUUGAAUAUUGGUUAACAUGUGAUUAGCAGCUGCCUCAUGUUGAUUAUUUUCAGUGUUUUUAGAGCAACUCUAAAUCCGAUGCUUAAACUUCCAUCUACCGAACUUUUUUCUCGUGUUUUUUCCGUCUCCCCGCAUCACCCUGCUUCUCCCUGUGCCGGGGUAACGCUGGUGUGAGAGCUAGAUUGGUUACCACAUGGCUUUUAUCCAAGUAGAGGCGCUUGAGAGUAGACCGCUUGGAGAGUGGGAGCGCAGUCGCAGGUUAUCCAUCGCCUGGUGCAAGAUCUACCGUCACUCUGCCACGUCUGGGAUCUUCCUUUAUAUAGACGAGAGACUCAACAAAACCACUUCACUCAACGCGGAUCCAGAUUGUUCUCUUUCUCCUCUGUCUGCCCCCUCUCUCCUGUUUUUUUUCUUCACCCCCCUGAUCAGGCUUAACCAUCCUGUGUUUUGUAAAGGCAAUUGUUAGUGCGCAUCAUCGCGGGAGCCAAAAGGAGGUUUGCCACUGUUCCAUAGGAGACUGCGGGCUGCUGGAGCGUCAUGACAGCUGAGAAGAGUGGGCCCGUUAUAAACGGUAAACCAGAGGAUGGCAGAGACCCGGAAGGGUCCAGCUCCAGCCUAGACAACGGGGACUACAAUGAGAGAGGCCACUGGAACAACAAGAUCGAGUUUGUCCUGUCUGUGGCCGGAGAGAUCAUCGGGCUGGGAAACGUCUGGAGAUUCCCUUACCUCUGCUACAAGAAUGGAGGAGGUGCGUUCUUCGUACCGUAUGUCAUCUUCUUCGUGUGCUGCGGUAUCCCCGUGUUUUUCCUGGAGACUGCCCUGGGCCAGUUCACCAGUGAGGGAGGCAUCACCUGCUGGAGGAAAGUCUGCCCGCUGUUUGAGGGUAUUGGCUAUGCAACACAGGUGAUUGAAGCUCAUCUAAACGUGUACUAUAUAGUGAUCCUAGCCUGGGCAAUCUUCUACCUCUUCAACUGCUUCACCACUGAGCUGCCUUGGGCUGGCUGUGGGCACUACUGGAAUACAGAGAAUUGUGUUGACUACUAUGGAGAAAAUGCCACCAACAUCACAAACCCUAAUGCAACCUCUCCAGUCAUUGAGUUCUGGGAACGCAGAGUACUGAAGAUAUCAGAUGGUAUAGAGCACAUGGGGGGAAUGCGCUGGGAGCUGGCCAUGUGUCUGGCCCUGGCCUGGUUCAUCUGCUACUUCUGCAUCUGGAAGGGACCCAAGUCAACUGGCAAGGUUGUGUACGUGACAGCUACCUUUCCUUACGUCAUGUUGUUGAUCCUGCUAAUCAGAGGAGUGACGCUGCCAGGAGCAUAUGACGGCAUCAAGUUCUACCUCUACCCAGACAUUUCACGUCUCUCAGACCCUCAGGUAUGGGUGGAUGCAGGAACCCAAAUCUUCUUCUCCUAUGCCAUCUGCUUGGGCUGUCUCACUGCUCUGGGAAGUUACAACGCCUACAACAAUAACUGCUACAGGGACUGCAUCAUGCUGUGUUGUCUGAACAGCGGCACCAGCUUUGUCGCAGGUUUCGCUAUCUUCUCCGUGCUGGGCUUCAUGGCCUACGAACAAAAUGUUCCCAUCGAAGCUGUGGCAGAAUCUGGUCCUGGUCUUGCAUUUAUUGCAUACCCUAAGGCUGUUACUAUGAUGCCUCUGUCUCCACUUUGGGCUUGUCUCUUCUUUAUGAUGCUCAUCUUCCUUGGCCUGGACAGUCAGUUUGUGUGUGUGGAGAGUUUGGUGACAGCUGUGGUGGACAUGUACCCAGAGACCUUCAGGAGAGGCUACCGCAGAGAGCUGCUGAUUCUGGGCAUGUCUAUAGUCUCCUUCUUCAUUGGUCUCAUCAUGUGCACAGAGGGAGGGAUGUACGUCUUCCAGCUGUUUGACUCGUACGCUGCCAGCGGGAUGUGUUUGCUGUUUGUGGCCAUAUUUGAGUCCAUAUGUAUCGGCUGGGUGUACGGUAGUGACAGAUUCUACCUAAAUAUUGAGGACAUGAUUGGCUACAAACCUGUCUUCUUCAUCAAAUGGUGCUGGAUGAUCUUGACCCCGGGCAUCUGUGCUGGAAUUUUCCUGUUCUUCCUGAUUAAAUACAAACCGCUGAAGUACAACAACGUGUACACCUACCCUGACUGGGGCUACGGGAUCGGCUGGUUCAUGGCCAUGUCCUCGAUGGUCUGCAUCCCACUGGGGAUUAUCUGGAUGAUCUGGAAGACUCCUGGCACCUUCUCUGAGAGAAUGAAGAAGUUGACGACUCCCAGCCCAGACCUCAAAAUGAGAGGGAAACUCGCCGCCCUCAGUCCUUACGCCGCCAACGACGCAAAACUUAAGGCUGAUGGGAAAAUAUCCACCAUCUCAGAGAAGGAGACGCAUUUCUAAGCGACCGCCCGACUGACCGACCGAGCUGCCCUCCGUCUUGACAAUAAGUCCGACAAACGAAAGCUACAGAAAACAACAACAACAAAAGUAUCUGCCACUACACAAAACAGGAAAUGAAACAAAUGACUUGGAGUGUUAUUUUUGUUUUGUAAAAAAAAAAAGAAAAAGGAAAGGUUAUCACAAGAUUAUGUAGUCUGCUUCUGUUUUGCACAAACUUUGAAUAACACAUUUGUUGUUUUCAGUUAACAUUGUGACUAAAGCAGCUGUUUCUUUCUUUUCUAACCAUUAAUAUUUUAAAAAUCUGUUUGAUGACAUAAGUAUAUGGUUAAAACUUGUCCUGGUACCUUGUCUGUACUGGUCACACUAGUGUUUGUGCCUUUAGAACAAUACCAGUGUGUUGUGUUGUAAAAGGCUUACACUGUACAUUUAUUGGCAAAGUGCUGUGCCUCUCUAUUAGGUACUAGGUACCCAAAUGUGACUAUCUAAGAUGUAGCAGCUUGGGGACCAUUCUACAUAGUUUUAUGUUGAGAGAGGAUACGGCGGCGUGUCGUAGUGCUGAGGCUAUAGGAGGGCACUGACUUCCCCUGUAAGCAAAACUUUGAGAUGUAUAUAAAGAGUUUUACCAGUGAAAUCUCGGAUGCUGUCUGAAGCAGCUGUGACUGUGAGGGCUGUGGAUCCUUUUUAGGCCUUCAGUAACGCUUGUUUACUUGAAUUUAGCAUUGUUGCUAAGCGACAUAAGCAAAAACUCUGCUUACUGGAUAUAACUAAAUGAGAUUAACAGGUGUUUGUUCAUUAAGUCAGGAUACAUCGGGCCCCUCAGGGCUUGGGUUUGCAGUAAUAUUGAAGGGCAAAUUAAAAAAUGUCCAGGGUUUAAACACUGUAAGAUAGAUCCCCUCAGUUUUAGAUAUCUUUAAUUUUACAUCUGUUCUGUUCAUGGCUACAAAUAGCAGUGAGUGACUCGCAGGCUGAGUCUAAAAACACACCUCUCUCUCCUCUAGUUGCCCUCCUAUAAGUCGUGGAUAUCUGUCAUUUCACAGUAAUUAUGCUGAGCCUAACACAGAGUGACAGACAGACGCGCUUCCACCCCUGCUUUUUUUAUUUCCUGCUCCGCCUGUAGAGCUCAGGAUGGAUGCCCAUCAGAUGAGCAUUUCAAAACCCAUCUGUCUUCUUAUCCCCUCUUUUUAUUCCUUCCCCUUGUCCCCUUCUCUCUUUUCUCCCGCUGUCCUUCUGUCUCAUCUUCAACCUCUGCUUCUCCGCCUCCCCAUCAUCCACUUCUGUCUUCUCUUUCUCACAUGACCAAGGCCUUAUAUAAAACUGUGAUGUAGCUGAAAUGCUUUCUAUUUCAUCACACAUCAAUACAUCAGCAAUCGUCUUGCUGUUGAUUAGAGAGACUUCCUGUGACCUUUCUUCUGACAUUGAAAAGCAUUAAGCUCUAGGAAAAAAACAUCUUUUAUUUUUUCUGUCUGCAGGGGUGAAAGCACCGUCUGUCCCUGUCAUCCAUUUAAUUGUGGUAAGAGACAAUGAGCUGGUCUCAUUGUUCACAUCGAUCUCAGUCCAUUACAGCUUCAUCCAAUCAACACUCGAAUGACUCUGAGUUGUCCUUCCUCCCUUCCUUGCUUUGUCCGGCUUUCUCGCUUCCCUUCCUUUCUUUCCUCUGUCCUUGUUUCCUGAUGAAAAUGCAAUCAGAGGAGAGCAUCUGAGGGAUGAAACUUAAGAUUUCUCUCUUUACAGUUUGUCAGGAGGAGGCAAAGAAAGCAGGGGAAGAAAUAAGGAAUUGGUGAGCUGAGGAAGUGUGUGAUCGAGUAAGUAAUGAGGGAAAUAGAGGAAGUGUUCAGUGACUGAAGCCCCUCCUGUCUAAGCUGUGACAUCCUCUUAAACAUGUGAUUGGUCCCUCUGGUGUGGUUGCAUUAUGACAUUAUCACCUCCUCACUGAUGUUUGUGCAAGUUAAUAGUUGUGUGCAUCGGAAAUUAUAGCCUGCUGUUUAACACUGACCAUGUUGAUGUAUAUUUUUACAUCUCUUUCUAGAAAUCUGUGGUCUAUUUCUUGAGAUGAAAAAUGUUUAAAAAGAAUUGCUGUAAUAAAAAGAAUACGUCGUUUGUUUUGACUUUUGAUAUGCCGCUCAAGAGAUCUUGUUAUAGAAAUAUAAUGAAAGGUGUUUUACUGUUCUGUACUGUUCUACACACAUUUUGGUAUUCACAGAACACGUGAACUGUCUGCUUACUCAUUUUUAAGAAUAAAUAUUAUAAAGGGAAACUGA